AUGAGCUCUCCUCCGAACACAACGACGAUUGUGUACGAUAUCACCACGUGGCCGAAUGCUCUUGCUUCUGCCAUCAUGUUCAUGGUACGUACAGUACCUCACUCAGUUGAAGUUUAUUAAUUUCCAGAGCGCAGUGCUCGGCAUCGUCUUCAACUUUGCCAUCGUCUACGGUUUCAUCAAAGACCUGAGGCAGAAGACGGCGUUCAAUUUGAUAUGUUUCUUCCGCGCAGCAAACAACUUGAUGUACCUGUGUGUCGGGAAUCUAGGGGUGUACAUUCCGAUCACCGUAAUGUAAGUUAUUCCAUCGGAUGAUGUUCCAAAGUAGCCUGAUUCAGGGGUUCCACUCCGUACCCCCCGAUGAUCGAGACCGUUCUCAUCAUAUUUGCCAUAAAUCUGCCCAUCUACAACGAGUUCCAAGGCAUUUACAUCGCAAUCAACCGCGCUGUCGCCGUCUUCACCACCCACUACUAUCGGAAACUUUUCAAGCUCAAGUUCGUGCUCGCCUUCCACAUUCUCUAUUAUUUGGAUCGUAUUCGGAAUGUCACCUUCGAAUCUAUCGACAGAAAUGGUAAAUGUACGAGGACUGUGUUAGUGCUACCGUAACCGUUCAGCCGCCUCCAAGUACUUGCUCUUCUCCUCUCAAUACAUCUCGUACGGUGGGCUGCAAGUGACACCGGAUGGAAUGUUCAAGAUUGCGCUCGCCUUGAUCAUUUUCCCAUUCCUCAUAAAUGCUAUCAUUUUCGCAAAGCUUUAUUAUCUGGUAACUUGGAUUUUAUUGAAGAAACAAUCAUGAUUCAUGUCAUUCAGAAGAAAGACAUUCAGAAGAAAAGAGUGUCUGGUAAUUUAGAACACAGCCAAGAGGCCAAACAGAACAUGAAGCUCUUCAUUCAAACUGUGCUCCAGGACUCGUUAUUUUCAAUCAGUGUCAUCUUCACAUUGAAGUUGAAGUACGUUGUUGUUGCUAUCAACUGAAAAUGCAUACGGAUUGAACCAUUCCAGCACACUAGUAUCGCACCGCUUCUGGACAUUCUUCAGUGUCACCUACACAUCAGAGCUCGUGCACGUCCUCGAUGGGUGAGUUCACAUCUUCAACCCGUCUAACAUGCCCCAUUCAGAUUCAUAAUGCUCAUGUUCAACGAGCGACUUUCACUUCUCAAAAACGUGCUGCCCAACCGAAAAACUCCGAACGAAACGUCAGCGAAACAGCCGUCGGUGAAAGUGAUGUCGAUUGCAGACGUUGCAUCAUAA